CGCAAUCUGUGUCCAGCUACUAACGGCGCUAGCCACCUGCUACCUUCUUCUAAGAUUAGGAGCUCAGGACUUCUUCCAACACCUGACGCCCGGCGCCACGCCGCCCCAACCAGCCAACGCAUAGAACGCCCACUCCACGCCGCGGCCACCGCCGGUAGCAUUCCAGAUCCGUCGCUCGCCCACUCCACGCCGCAGAACGCGCUGUUCCGCCCCCACCGAUCGAGCCGCCACGCCCGACCCGGAGGCGGAUGCAGGGCCGCCCAUCCGUCUCCUCGCCGGGCCGCUAGCCGGGCCGUGCCCCGCCGGCAUGUCCUGCCGCGUGCGCGACCGCUGCUUGGAGCUGGAGCGCGCCAUCGUUGGCCGCGUCAGCUCGGGAAACCUUGGCCUCGACGACGCCGUCAAGCUGUUCGGUGAAUUGCUACACCACGCUAGGCCGGCCUCGGUGAUCGCCAUCAAUCAGCUCCUCACCGCCGUCUCUCGCGCCCAGCGCAGGGGGUCCUCCUCCUCGGAGCUCGUCCCCUCCCUCUUCAACCGGAUGGCCCGUGCUUGCUCCAACAAGGUAGCUCCCGAACUGCACACCUACAGCAUCCUCAUAAACUGCUUCUGCCGAAUGGGACGCCUGGAGCUUGGUUUCGCCGCCUUUGGCCUCAUCCUUAAGACAGGCUGGAGGGUGGAUGACAUAGUCAUCAGUCAACUGCUCAAAGGUCUCUGUGACAGAAAGUGCGUGUCUGAGGCUAUGGACAUAUUGCUCCGACGAAUGCCUGAGUUUGGCUGCCCACCAGAUGUCGUGGCGUACAACAUUGUCAUCAAUGGCUUAUUUAGAGAGGGUCAGGUGGACAAAGCUUACAACCUAUUUCGUGAAAUCGAUAACCAGGGGAUUUUGCCGACUGUUGUGACCUACAACACAGUCAUCAAUGGCCUGUGCAAAGCUCAAGCUGUUGACAGGGCCGAGGGUGUCCUUCGGCAGAUGGUUCAUAAAGGCGUUAAGCCAGACAAUCAGACAUAUACUUGCCUGAUCCAUGGAUAUUGCUCUUCAGGACAGGGGAAAGAGGUGGUUCGAAUGCUCAAAGAAAUGUCCGCACAUGGUCAUGGUCCUAAUGUUGUCACUUGUACUUUGCUGCUGGAUUACCUUUGCAAGAGUGGAAUUUGCACAGAGGCUAGAAAGAUUUUUGAUUCUAUGAUUGAAAAGGGCACAAAACCUAAUGUAACUACAUAUAACACUCUGCUUAAUGGGUAUGCUACCAAAGGAGCUCUUUCUGAUAUGCAUGGUCUAUUGGAUUUGAUGGCAGGAAAUGAUAUUUCACCUAACCAUUGUACCUUUAACGUAGUUCUCUGGGCAUAUGCUAAAGGUGGUAUGAUAGAUGGGGCAAUGCAUAUAUUUGACCAAAUGAGGCAGCAAGGGUUGAGUCCAGAUGUAGUCAGCUAUGGAGCAAUAAUAGAUGCAUUUUGCAAGAUGGAAAGAGUAGACGAGGCUAUGCUUAAAUUCAAUCAGAUGAUCUAUGAAGGGGUGAGUCCUGAUAUCAUUGUAUUUAGCUCACUAGUUUAUGGACUGUGCACUGAUGUCAAAUGGGAGAAGGCUAAUGAAUUAUUUUCUGAAAUGCUGAAUCGAGGGAUCCAUCCCAAUGCCUUGUUCUUCAACACAAUAAUGUGUAACCUUUGCAGAGAAGGACGAGUCACGGAAGCCCAGAGUCUCCUUGACUUGAUGGUACGUGUAGGUGUGAGGCCUGAUGUUAUCUCAUAUACUACGUUAAUGGAUGGCCACUGCUUAGCUGGUAGGAUGGAGGAAGCUAUGAAGUUACUUGAUGAUAUGGUCCGAGUUGGCUUGAAACCCGAUGCCUUUUCUUAUAAUACUUUGCUUCAUGGCUAUUGUAGAGCUGGCAGGAUAGAUGAUGCAGUUAGACUAUUCAGAAAAAUGUUAAGCAAAGAAGUUAGGCCUGGAAUUGUCACUUAUAACAUGGUACUUCAGGGUUUAUUUCGGUCUGGGAAAUUUUCUGAAGCAAAAGAACUCUAUAUCAAUAUGAUCAAAAGUGGAAUGCAGCUGAACAUUUACACGUACAACAUAAUUCUGAAUGGUCUUUGCAAAAAUGAUUAUGUUGAUGAGGCAUUUAAAAUAUUUCAGAGUCUAUGUUCUAAGGGUUUUCAACUUAACAUUAGUACCUUCAAUAUUAUGAUUGAUGCUUUUCUCAAAAGUGGCAGAAAGGAAGAUGCUAUGGAUAUGUUCACUGCUAUCUCUGCCCAUAGUUUAGUUCCAGUUGUUGUGACCUAUCGCUUAAUGAUACAAAAUCUCAUAAAAGAAGGGUUGCUAGAAGAGUCUGACAAUCUGUUUUUAGCAAUGGAAAAGAGUGGAUGCACUCCAGACUCUCGUAUGCUAAAUGCUCUAGUUAGGGGUCUGUUGCAUAGAGGUGAGAUAAUGAGGGCUGGGGCUUACCUCUCCAAAAUUGAUGAGAUGAACUUCUCACUUGAGGCAUCCACUACUUCCUUGCUAAUAUCAGUUUUCUCGAGGGAGACAUAUCAGCACCAUGCAAAGUCCCUGCCCGAAAAGUACCAUUUUCUUGUGGAUGUCAAUAAAUGAGUGUUGUGUUAAAUGAAUCAAAUUCUCAACAGUGCUGAUACAUCUAAAUGGGACAUGUUAAUUUGUUGAAGUGAUUAUUCAUGUCUCAUGCUCUAAUUUACUUAUGAUGUUCUGUUGUCCCAUUUGUUUUUCUCUAGAGAAAUGCUGUUGUGUUGGUGCGGUUAAGUGUUUAUCUCCAGGUAAAAUUAUCUUUAAUGCGGUGCAAGUUAGCUUUACAGCAGAAUCAGUUUACAAAUUAACUGGUGUCACUUAGGUCUCUGCAUUUUGUUGCUUGUUUGUGAAGAUACCCUGCACUUAUGGUGAUAAAAUAUAUGAUCUGAACCUUUUGAUCCUUGACAUGAUU